AUGAUCCGCGUGUGGAACGUCUCGGGGGAACAGCUGGCCGCCGAGAAGAUGGAGGCCUUGGCUGGCAUGGAUGGCAUGAACCCCAUCGACAGCAUGAAACGCCAUCUCCGCGACCAGCAUGGGCUCCCCAUUUGCAUGCAACAGCUCAUGCACGAGGGCAGUCAGCUGGAAGACGGUGCUUGGCCGGAUCCACCAGUGGACGUGCAGCUGGUGUUGGUACCAGUGUCUGCUUUGAGAGGGAAACAGCAUGUGGAGGCUGUAUGUGAGCUCACCUCCUAUGCUGCGGUGCACAAUGAUGUUAAGGUUGCACGCUUGCUCUUGGAAACUGCCGUCAGCAGCUCCGGCAACAAGAAAGCCCGCCUCGAGCCGCCACCAGCGCUGCCUCCAGCCCGGCCUUCGCAACGAGAGCUCCGCCGCCUCCGCCGGCUCCACAAUGACAAGUUUAAGUUCUCAUGGCCUGACCUCCACCAGGCUCUGCUUGGCGCAUGCGAACAUGGUCAUCUUGAGAUCAUGCGCUUGCUUCUGGAAUAUGUGGAUGGAUCUAGAUGCGCGGCAGUGCUUGAUUGCGCUUUAGCAAGGCGCCACGCCCAGAUCGUGCGCUUAUUGUCUGGUGCCGGUUGUAAGGACGGGUAUGGCAACACGGCCCUUAUCCGAGCAUCCACGGAAGACCAGGUUGAGACAGUGGCAGUGCUGCUCGAGGCUGGCACCGACUUGGACGAGAGGAAUAGCUACGGCAACACUGCGCUCAUCCGUGCAUCCAACAACAACCGCAUUGAAAGUGCACGCUUACUAUUGAGGGCUGGUGCUGACAAGGACUCCUCCAACAUCAGCGGCCGAACCGCUCUUAUUUGCGCAGCUGCCAAAGGCCACCUCGACAUUGCCUGCUUACUAGUCGAGGCUGGGGCCGACAAGGACAUGAGAGACGCCUCUGGACAGACCGCUCUCCUUCAUGCCUCCAACAAUGGUCACGACGAGAUUGUGCGCUUGCUCGCACCGGGUGAAGACUUAACCUGA